CGCAGCUUAGGAAAGCUUUCUUAACUCCGCCGGUCCGUAACCUAACUUCCACCAUCACUUAACUUUUCAAUUUUUUAUUUAUUGGGUUAAAACAUGUCUGCUCAGCAAUUCUACGGCGAUAAGGGUUUUGGUCCUGCUCCUCCCCAACAAGCCUAUGGCGGUUAUCCCCCUCAACAAAACUACCCAGGCUAUCCUCAAGGUGGUCAGGGUUAUCCUCAACAGCAACCCAUGUAUGUUCAACAACCCCCUCAAAACAGUGGUGGUGGUGACAUGUGCUGUGGUUUAUUGGCCGGUCUUGCAUGCUGCUGCUGUUUGGAUGCAUUAUUUUAAGAGGGGUGACGUGCGAAUGAUGCGUAUAGUCAGUAUAGAUUUAUUUUAAAGAAUAUUUUUUUUUUUUUUCGUUGAAAUUUUGCCGUUUUGUGCCAGCGCCUUUCACACCUUUUUUGCUUGAGUAAUUCUCCCUUUUUCUUCGAAACAAUUUUCAUCUUUUUCCUGGAGCAAAUGGUUUUGGAGGAGGCUAGGAAGUCGUUUUAUAUUCCUCUUUUGGGAUCCUUUUAGCCCCCUUGUUUUCCCUAUGCUAUGGAGAAUGGAACUGACCAGUCUUGAUUCAUGUUUACCGGUAUCUGAUUAUUUUUCUUUUUUUAGGAUUGACCAAGAAACAGCAUUAGUUAUUCGUUUCUCCUAGAGAUAAUAUCGAUAGGAUGAAAAGGUGAAUCCUUGAUUCUCUUUGCUUGCAAACAUGAUAAUCCUGAAUUUCAUAACCUGUCAGGUAUCUUGUAAGUUUUUCUGACUAUAAGAAAAUGGUCAUUGCCAUUGGAACAUUUUAUUCACUAUCUGUUUCUCUUUUUUUUUAUCAUCAAAGAUUUUAAGGGACUAAUUCUUAAGCUUUCGUUUCCAUAUAAUAGCGAAUAUGCAAGUUAGUAUACUAAUGGACUUAAUAGACUCCACUUGUUGUUGAUCUUUUAUGUCUAAAUUGAGUGUUGUACUUUAUGAUAAUAUUUUAUGCAUAAGAAAUUGAGUAAAUGUUGAAAAUUAUGUAGAUGUUUAAUACUUUUAAGAAGUUUGGUUUUGUUGAUUCCAUAUGAGGACG